AUGAUGUUGCUUCUUGAUCUACCGCACGAAUUAAUUCUAAGCAUAUGGGACUCCCUGGAGACAGCCAGGGACAUGAACGACUUUGCACGAACAUGCCACUAUUGUUAUGACACUCUCCACCCUCGCCUUUAUCACUAUAUAACGAAUCACUCAGACCGUGACUAUCCAUUUCUGUGGACUGCAAAACACGGCCCAGUGGAAACCUUACACAAAUUGUUGGAUGCCGGUGUAGACCCUUCCAACCACUGGACCGUGGCGUCUCCACUCCUCCCAGCAAUCAGUUAUGGACGGGAGGAUCUGCUGCACACGCUUCUAGAACACGGCUUCAAUCCGAAUAUCAAAGAUAUCAGCGAGCAGACACCAUUACAUCAUGCAGCUAUACAUGGCUAUCCGGAAUGUGCUAGGAUUCUCCUAGACGCUGGUGCAGAUCUGAACUCGGCCGAUAAUGAAAAUUUGACACCAUCCUCCUGGGCACUUUUUCGUGGACAUGCAAAUGUCCUUGCCUUAUUACUCGAUCGGGGUGCUACAAUUGAUAUCAGAUUGAUCGAUGAAGAGAGCCCUCUCGGCAUGGCAGCUCGAAUUGGUCGCAAGGAACUGGUGAACCUGCUUCUAGAGAGAAAUGCCCCGGUUGAUGGUCCAGGAAAUGGGUUCCCUGGGACCCCAUUAGCAUGGGCAGCACGCUGUGGUCAUGAGUCAAUAGUCACCCAACUUCUGGAGGCCGGUGCUGAUGUUCAAGCAACUACCGAUGAAGGACAAAAUGCUCUUCACUGGGCCGCGCUCUCAGGCAAGGCAAAUGUUGUGGCACUUUUAUUGGCUGAAGGGGUCCCGCCUGAUGUCCCGGACAUUCAUGGAUACACAGCAUUAUCCCGGGCAUGUUCCUCGCGUUCUAUGAAUGAGAAAGUGGUGGAGCUCCUUUUGGAAGCAAAUGUCAAUAUCGAGGCCCGAAACAGAGAUGGGCAGACCCCAUUAUCAAUUGCUGCCGUGCACUCGAAAGCAAUCAUGCCCUUAAUGAAAAAGGGCGCAACCCUUACAACCAUUGACAAUGAUGGCUGCAGCCCUCUUGUUAUGGCUGCUCGAGAAGGCCACGCCCAAACUGUCCUGGAUCUGCUCGAUGGUCAUGUAACCUCAGCUACGUUAACAGAGCACCAUGGAAUGGAAUGCCGCGAGGGAAAGAAUGGAACCAAGAGCUGUAUCGAUACCCCCGAUCGACUCAAUCGCACGCCGCUCUUCCUUGCCACUCUUUAUGGAUACGAGGAAGUGGUGCGCAUCCUGCUCAGUCGUGGAAGCUCCGCAAUACAUUAUACCACUAAUGCAGGUAGGACGCCACUGUCUGUUGCCCGCGACUAUACCCAAAGACCGCUGGAGACGAGUGAUACAACCAUGGAAUCAAUCUUGACCUGCCUGUGCAACCCUUAUGAUGUAGAAGUGGACAUGGAGAAAGUUCAAUUAUCCUCAGAGGCGGCACGUCACUCCGACAUGGAGAUAGUAUGUGAUAGCUGCAGCUUUGCCAUUUCUGUGCGCGAUACACAUUAUCAUUGCGCGAUUUGCAAUGAUAAUAACUACGAUAUUUGUUUGGAAUGCAUUGCUAGUGGCGCAAUGUGCUACGAUACGAUGCAUGUGUUGCAACAUUUGAGAAUGGUGGAUGGCAGAUGGACUGCUAUCCCUAACCGUCCUGUUUAUCAAGAAGUCUUGGAUGUCGCCAUUAGGUAG